CGCUACUGCCACCUUCUCUUCGCCGCGAUGGUUCUCAUCUCGACUUGGGGGUUCAUCACCCCCUGGAGAGCCCCGCUUUCGGGGACCUUUCUGAAUCGAUUCGAUCUGGGGUUUCACACCGCGAGGCGGUUACAGCCGCUCGCUGGCCGUCGACAUCACAGCGCAGACAAGAUCGCUCGAAACGGGCGUCUUCGUAUAGACGUAUCCUGGGAGAAGAACGAUUGCUGUCGGAUUUGGUCGUAUGAUGGGUGAUUUGCGCCUGCGAGGAGCAGCCAGCGAUUCGGAAAUCUUGCGAGGGAGAUCCAUGAUGGGGGCAUGAGUCCUUCACACUCCGCUUGCUCCGUCUUUCAUAUUCACGUAUCCUCGACUUCUGCCAUCAGGCCGGCAACAUGAAACGCAUCUAUGUAAUGUCCAAGCCGACCCAGAUCGCUGCCACAACGUCCCAGGGGAAGAUUGCGGCCCAAUCCGUGUAAUGGCAGAGACGCCGAUGCGGUUCGAUGGCGAUUCCCAAGACACCGUCGCCUCGAGUUCCGUCAGCCCCGACAAGUCGUAUUCGAAAUACAUCAUGAUCAUGUCCAUAGCGCUGCCCAGAUGGAAUUGCUCGGACAGCGUCCUGGUCCCUUGCUCACUCCUCCGUCUAUUUCCUCUUUCGUCCUACCGCUCUGUAGCUUAUAAUAACCCGCCCAGCCACUCUCAGCCCCCAACACCUUGGACCUGCACGCACGCCUGUCGCUCCCCGCCUCAGCUGCUUCCCGUCCUGCCUGCUUCGGGCCUCCCGCUCGAUUUACCUAUAAACCACAUCGUCCUCCUCUCCAGUCGAGCAACCACUCUCGGUCCCCCACAAAGCCUACAUUCCUUGCUACUCACUUGCCGCGAUUUCCAUUCGAUGCUUGCAGUGGAGCCAUCUUCUGGCUUGUACGCCCAGAUAUUCGACUCGCAAUUCGAUAUCGCUGCUCCUAAACGGAGGUUGGACCCUGACGCGUUCUCGUCUUCAUCCAGGCAUCUCGAAAUGAAGAGGAGGUUCACAGCCAUGCAGCUCUUCAAGAGAGGAGAUGUGUACGUCGGUGGUGACGACAAGCAGUUGGCGGAGGCGUUUGGUGUGGCGUAUAUCAUGCUGUUGGAGGAUGACGGGACGAACGCGGGUAAAUUGCAAGGUGCGGGGCUGGUCGGUUUCGUCGAGGAGUGGCUGGAGAAGAGGUUGUGCGAGAGCGAGGGCGGGUGGCCUGUGGAUAACGAAAUCAGCGCACUCGCUUUGAACAUCUUCUGGCAGCUGACCGACAAAGGUAUGGUCUCUGCCGAGGCCAAAGGCCAUCGUGACCAUAUCCAAAACUUGCUCCUCCCCAUCGUGGUUGUCGGGUCUCGGUAUCCCAUUCAUCUAGCAUCACCUUCUCACUCAUCAUCCACUUCUUUUCAACGUCCACGAACCAUCACGCUGCCACAUUUUUCCCGAACCAUAACCCUCACGCUCCCCCCUUUAUGCCUCCCAGCCAUUCUUUCAUACGUCGUCCGCGCCGACUGCAACCCUCUCAACGUACCCCAAUACGCACUCAAUACACGAGCGGACGCUAUCGCUAUGGGUGUCAAUGAGCCGACAGUCGAAGAUAUUGUGGAGCACAAUGAAGCGAUGAAGACGCAAUGCUUAGAACAUCCUCAGUGGGACGUGCCUCAGUCGCGUUCAUCUCCACGGCCAUCCUCGCCUUUGUCUCAUCCCCAGCAAGGAAUGGCUGGCGCUCCUGUGUUUCCUUUCAACGAAUACCAACCUCUUGCGGAGGGCACCAGCAAGAGCGAGCGACAAGACGUAGACUGGGCCCGCCUUACCUCCACCUCCGCAUCCGAUUAUAAUGACUUGUCCUCCGUCCAUUCCUCUUCCGACUAUGGUCAUGGUCCGAAGGGUGGGGCAUCGGCGUAUGUGCUGGGCAGUUUAACGGGCUCGUGGCGCGGUACCUUGAUGCUCCCAAGUCUCGAUGUCUCAACCCCGGAGACUGUCAAGGACCCCGAGGGUUGUAUAACGAGGAGACCGUUGUACGUGGACUUGACCGAACACUGGAGGACUGUGCGGGUUCCAUGUGAAGAUGCCGAUGGAGUCGGAGGUCACGAGGAUGUGGAGAAGAGGGGGAAGGAGUCGGAUGGGUGUAAGCUUGAAGGGUGGGAGGACGGAGAGUGGAGUUAUAGGAUGAACUCGAGCGGGGACGGCAUCGAGGUCCACACUCCCUCUUCAACACUACAGUCUUCGGAUGCGGCCUCGCCUUCAACUUCGACUUCAGCUCAGACCUCCCCUCCGCAAACCGGGCCCAAGCUCACGACGACCUCUUACAAGACGUACACCCCGUUUCCCACCACUUUUCGUCCCGUGCCGAGAUCUAAUGACAGUCCCAGUGCGAAUCUGCAUCUGAUGGCCUCAAUACCCCGAUUAAUCGCCUGCGCUUCGCCUUUGCCCUUGCAUGAAGACACGACAGUGGAUGCAACGCAAGCGAAGGUGCAAACGAAGAUGAGGGAGGUGACGGAGAUUGUGUUGACGGGUAGGACGCCCCCAGACGCAGCUCGGGCUUGGGGCGAUUACGACUACUUCGGGAAGGUGCGCAUGAGCGACGGGUUGGUCGUUCUGAGUCGGAAACCGGUGGGCAACACUCCGGGCUCGAGGAACACGGUGUUCGUUGGCUAUCUAUCUUCCUCGCAGAACCUAGUCGGAAGGUGGACGUUCUCGACCUCCACCAUCCUGAAGUCUGACGACCAGAGCUGGCGAGGGAUCUUCAGCCUCGGUCGCAAGGAGAUGGUUUGAUUGCUCCUCCAUUCGAGACUGCAUGGUGAAAAUCUGUUCGGUUAGUCCACACUCCGUGCCAUGGUAAGGCGGUGCCGAAACGCGUAGCACUUGCUGCAUUACUUUCUCUUCUCUACUCCCCACUCCGUUUCGAGCUUUUAUUUUUGUUCAAUCACAUCGUGGACUCUACUAUUUUGUUCUUGUCGUGUCACGCCUGUCGCUGUACUUACGUUACGAGCCACACAUAAUAGCUGUCGUCUUGUGCUCGUUAUUUGUUCUCGUCACUGUCCUCGUCUCCUCAUCGUAAUGUUAAUGCUGUAUUGCUAUGUAUCUCUUCCUCUAGCCAUUGCACACGUCUCCGUCUCCGCACGACCCUUUCUUGCUUAGUUCGAAAUCAUCCUAUAUCAUACGUACAUAUAUACAUCCAUGCUCAUCUCGUCGCCUCGCAUACUCCAUCAUCUCUUCUCUCUCGUGCCAUCCCAUGUCUAGUUAUCUCCUCCCAUGUGCUUCAUACAUGUCCCAAGCCUGUCUUCAUCUCUCGAACGAUGCAUACAUUUCUC